UGCACGCGCUCUGUGACAAGUUAUGCGGAACUUGUACCUCCUUCUCUGCAUGUCUAUUGUGGCUUCCUUUUUACUGAAACUUGUAGAAACACUUUACAGCCAGACGGCACGGCGAUUUGGAGGCAAGCAGAAAGAGUGUGAGCUGUGAGGUUGGAGGUCAGGAAGCACAAGUGGAGUCAGUAUGAGCGCGUCAAGACGCAAGAGUUGACUCCAAAUUGAAAGGGUAUGGAGUGUAAUUUAUGAAUUUGCAGCACUGUUAUUGGUCAGUGUUGAUGUGAAGUGUGCGUCAAGACUUUUUUUUAAUGUUUGUUGCUUUUUUUAUAUAGACUUUUUUUUUGCUUCAGUGUUUUUACUCUCCGCAUAAAGGUACAAAAAAAUGAAGUUUAACGGUUAUCUGAAGCUGCGCAUCGGCGAGGCAGUGGACCUUAAGCCGACCACUUUCUCACUCCGCCACACUGUCAUCUUCAACAAGACUCCCGCAACCCUUGACCCGUACAUUGUGGUGAAGGUGGACGACUUCAAAAUUGGACAAACUCACACCAAACAGAAAACCAACAUGCCUACUUACAACGAGGAGUUCUGCCUCAACGUGAACGAAGGGAAAAAUAUUGAGCUCGCUGUUUUCCACGACACUCCGCUCGGAUAUGAUGACUUUGUGGCCAACUGCAUCAUUCCGUUUGAAGAUUUCAUUAAGACUUCCAACACAGGAGAGACUUUCGAUGGAUGGAUGGACUUGGAGCCAGAGGGAAAGGUCUACGUCCAUAUUACACUCACCGGAUCCUUCACAGAUGAAGACGCCACAGUGAAAGAGAAGACCUACAAGCAGUUUACGAGGAAGCGGCAGGGGGCAGUGAGACGGAGAAUCCAUCAGGUCAAUGGGCACAAGUUCAUGUCCACUUUCCUUCGCCAGCCCACUUUCUGUUUCCACUGCAAAGAGUUCAUCUGGGGUGUUUUUGGAAAGCAGGGUUAUCAAUGCCAAGUUUGUACGUGUGUGGUUCACAAACGAUGCCAUCAGCAUGUUGUCACUGUGUGUCCACGGAUGAAGAAGACAGCAAAGGAGCAGCCUAUAAACCAAGGCUUCAGCAUCAAUGUCCCUCACAAGUUCAACAUCCACAACUACAAGUCGCCCACCUUCUGUGACCACUGUGGCUCACUGUUGUGGGGGAUAGUCAGGCAGGGGCUGCACUGCAAAAUUUGUAAAAUGAAUGUUCACAUUCGCUGUAAAGGAAAUGUUGCACCAAACUGUGGCGUCAACAGUGUGGAACUGGCCAAUAAGCUGGCAGAGAUGGGGCUACAGGCAGGAGGACUCUCUAAACGCAACUCAGUAGCCCAAGGUGCGACCCAGAUGAGGAUGCCUUCUGAAAGGAGGGAAAGUAAAGAUAUUCGACCGGAGACCCCUCGGCUGGGCAUCUCAAACUUCACAUUUCUUCAAGUGCUCGGCAAGGGCAGCUUUGGCAAGGUGAUGCUGGCAAAACAAAACGGCAAAGACCGGGUUUUCGCAGUCAAGGUGUUGAAAAAAGACAUCAUUUUGCAGGAUGAUGAUGUGGAGUGUACCAUGACUGAAAAGAGGGUGCUGUCAUUGGCUGGCUGUCACCCCUACCUCACGCAGUUGUACUGCUGCUUUCAAACACCGGACCGACUCUUCUUUGUAAUGGAGUUUGUGAAUGGAGGCGAUCUUAUGUUCCACAUUCAGAAGUCAAGGAAGUUUGAGGAGCCCAGAGCGCGUUUCUACACGGCUGAGAUCACCUCCGCUCUCAAGUUCCUGCACAGCAAAGGCAUCAUCUACAGGGAUCUAAAGUUGGACAAUGUUCUUCUUGACAAAGACGGCCACUGUAAGCUGGCCGAUUUUGGCAUGUGCAAAGAGGGCAUAUUUGAAGGCGUGGCCACAGGAACUUUCUGUGGGACCCCGGAUUACAUUGCCCCUGAGAUCCUCCAGGAGAUGCUGUAUGGGCCUUCUGUUGAUUGGUGGGCGCUUGGGGUGCUACUGUAUGAGAUGCUGUCAGGACACGCCCCUUUCGAGGCCGAAAAUGAAGAUGACCUCUUCGAAUCCAUCCUCAACGAAGAGAUAAUUUAUGCUUCUUGGCUCAGUGCAGAGGCAGUGAAUAUACUCAAAGCUUUGUUGACCAAAAACCCGGCUAGACGUCUGGGCUGUGUGGCCUCAGAGGGCGGAGAGGACGCAGUGAGCAGCCAUGCCUUUUUCGAUGGCAUAGACUGGGAGAAGCUGAAUCGUAGAGAGAUGGAGCCACCUUUCAAACCCAGGAUCAAAACACCAGAGGAUGUCAACAACUUCGACCCAGAUUUUACUCAAGAAGAGCCCACCCUCACACCAAUUGACGACCCAAUGAUCCCUUCCAUCAAUCAGGAAGAGUUUCGAAACUUCUCCUUCACUUCGCCCGAACUGCUGGAUAGCUAAGAGUCUCCUUACUGAUGCACCAGCCUGCACUUGUCUCACUCUAUCAUGCAUCUGUAGCUCCAUCUGAGACUCUUCCCAGCAGUACAUACAGUAUGACACUGUCACAUUCCCCAGAGACAUGAGGGUGCAAAGUGGAGAGGAGUCAGCCAAACACAUGCUUGACAAGAACUGAGGCUGCACCUGAUGAACUUUUGAGCGCUCCUGUAAUUCUUGAAAAGUUUGUGUGUGAUCAGCUUUUGAAAUGACAUUUAGUUUUGACUCUGAUCCGUUUUGAUUCAUGCAAAAGUCUGCAAAAGGUAUAUUUGACAAGUUGGUGUGUUUGUAAACCAGUUUGCCAAAGAUGUAUGUUUUAUUGUAUAUUUGCUCUCAUGCAGAUUGAUGAGUUUGCUUUCAGUUCUUCAAAUGAAAAAGCACUUUUAAAGCACAAGGGCAGAAUGUGUGCUUCAUUUAUGCUCCCACACUGCUCACACAGUGGAAUCAAGAGUCAAUUUUAACCACACUGCCAGCGUUUCCCAGAAAAGUAAAGCUGCCAGUUAAAAUCCCGGAACGACUGACUGAGUAUAUGAAAUAGUUUCUCGAUGAUGUGACUCUGGAAAAAAAAACAAACACACACACACACACACACACAGAUCCACACAUGCUGGCUACAUGUGAGUUGAGUCCCUUCAUUUUCUAAACAAAAAGAUAAAACUUAAAUUAAGCAGCAUAUGGAACUCAACUUAAUAUAAAAAGGUUAGAUUAGGUAAACAUUCUAAUUGAAUUAAAGAUUUAAAAGGAUGCUUUGUUUAAGUUGCCAGAGUCGGUUCAUUAUUUAUAAGUC